GACCCCUCUGAGCUCUGAGCUCGACCAUUACAGACCCCACCCACUGCAUUGUCCACCGUCAGCCCCCAGUAUUCUAAGUUCCGUGGGGAAGGCGGUGGCUGCGUGGACCUUUCGAGGGCGUGGGCUCUGGGAUUCUUGCAGUAAGCCAAGGAGGCUCUCUGCUUUUCCAUGUUCAUUUCGUCGACGAGGAAACUGAGGCUCCACGGCGCUCAGCGAGACCGACGCGAGCGGGGUGAACCCUUUGGGAGCUGCGGCGCCGCCAGAGUCACUUCCGUGGGUCGGGUUGUCAGGGUGGCGGGCCAGGCGGCGGCCCCGGCCAUGGACUCCGCGGCCGCCGCGGAGCUGAGCGACGCGCUGUGCGAAUUUGACGCGGUGCUGGCCGACUUCGCGUCGCCCUUCCACGAGCGCCACUUCCACUACGAGGAGCACCUGCAGCGAAUGAAGCGGCGCAGCAGCGCCAGCGUCAGCGACAGCAGCGGCUUCAGCGACUCGGAGAGUGCAGAUUCCUUGUAUAGGACCAGCUUCAGCUUCAGUGAUGAAAAGCUGAAUUCUCCAACAGACUCUGCCCCAGCUCUGCUCUCCACUGCUGUCACUCCUCAUAAAGCCAAAUUAGGAGACACAAAAGAGCUAGAGGACUUUAUUGCUGAUCUUGACAGAACAUUAGCAAGUAUGUGAAACAAGGCAUUCUGGGUCCUUGUGUGUCACAGGAGUGAAGAUCCAGAAGGUUCUGAGAACCUGGUGAAAUCAGCUACUGGAAUCUGUUGCAGGAGGGGUCAGAACUGAGGCUCACCUGACACCAGCCACUCUCAGCUCACAUUAACAUUAGUCCAUUGGCCCAUCUCUGGGAAACUUAGACAGUGAAACUGACUUUGUUUACCUGCCUGCAGCACAUUAGAACAGAUGAUCUAUGUUAAUGUUGUAUUUCCUCUUAAAACAUAGCUCUCCAAUAAUUUAAAGUGCUUUUAUGAAAAUAUUUGUAAUUAAUUAUAUAUAGUUGGAAAUAGUAAUAUGCGUUCCCUACUAUAAUAUAUUUUUGUAUACAAAUAAAAUUUGGACUGGACUCUA